UGGGGGGAAACGAGAAGCUCUUCAUAGACGACAUCAACAGAGACAAAGGUGAUACUUUUUUAUGUAGCUCACAUUGCGGCUGCAGUUUGUGCACGUCUUGGUUGGUUGUUGAUAACAAAGCCUUAUCAAACUAUUUCAAAUAAGGCAUAACAAAACACUAUGACGAAUGCGUAUGAAAUUAUGACCUAAAUGUUGGUUGCAGUAGUUUUGGUGGCAAUGAGAAUAUUUAUGUAAUACAGACUCUUUUGUUAUUCAGUGGCGCAGCUGUAUUUUGUGUGUCCGUUGAUUGGUGCGAAAUAUGCCUCUCUACCACCGUCACUAGGAUUCUCGUGUACUGUGGCAGUGCCACCGCCCGGCUACUGGUGAAAACACAGGGAAUAGGCUUAUUUGACUUGUUUAUGAUAUAAGAACUUAAUGAAAGACGUGAAGAUAGUGGUUAUAAAACAGGCCUGUAUUUUGCACACACCUUCAGGACCCUAAAAGACUAAUUAUUUUCUCCAGCUACUGCUUGGCUCUGUUAAAUGCAGAUGGAAAAUAAGUCAGUGGUUAAUCCAAAUAUAGCAAUAAAAAAGUUAUUAUCUGGAGCCUGAGGUCAGCAUUUCAGAAUGUACAUAAGCUGGUAAGGAUCAUUGGGGAGACAAGGGGGAUGAUGAAUCAAUUGAUCAAUAUUUGACACCUUUUGUCUGACUCAAUCCUAGUUAAACCAACCUUAUCUCUCAAGCUUGCAUUCCGUUUAAUCUCUCUCUCUCUCUCCCUCCCUCUCUCUGAGACCGUGAAGAUGGGAGGAGCAGUGAGUGCGGGGGAGGACAAUGACGAGUUGAUUGACAACCUGAAGCAGGCCCAGUACAUCCGUUCGGACCUAGUGGAGCAGGCCUUCAGGGCCAUCGACCGGGCCGACUACUAUCUGGAAGAGUUCCGAGACAGCGCCUACAAGGACCUGGCCUGGAGGCACGGCAACAUCCACCUCUCAGCCCCCUGCAUCUACUCAGAGGUGAUGGAGGCCCUGGACCUCCAGCCUGGCCUUUCCUUCCUCAACCUGGGCAGUGGCACGGGCUACCUCAGCACCAUGGUGGGACUCAUACUGGGUCCAUUUGGAGUGAACCAUGGUGUGGAGCUGCACCAAGAUGUCAUUGAGUAUGCAUACCAGAAACUGGAGUUCUUCAUCAAGACCAGCGACAGCUUCGACAGGUUUGAGUUCUGCGAGCCCUGUUUCGUGAUAGGGAACUGUCUGGAGAUAGCCCCAGAGAGUGGUCAGUAUGACCGGGUGUAUUGUGGAGCUGGGGUGCAGCGGGAACAGGAAGACUACAUGAAGAACCUGCUCAAAGUAGGAGGAAUCCUAGUGCUGCCAUUGGAGGAGAAGUUGACCAAGAUUACUCGAACAGGCUACAACAGCUGGGAGACCAAAAAGAUCAUUGCUGUGUCAUUUGCCCCACUGGUGUUGCCCAAACACAGAGACAACAGUAAAUCUAACGCAGUGCCUUUACCGACCAUGUUUGAGGUGCGGACUCUGCAGGACUUGGCUCGCAUUUCUAUCCGGCUGACGUUGAAGAAGACAGUGGCGGGGCCAGGGCUGUUGCCCAGGAGGAGGCUGGCCCACAGCGGGGAGCGGUUCCGACGGAGGCGGGCCCAACACCGUGGCUCCACCCUACUCUCCAACCGCUACGUAUUCAUGAGCCGCCUCAUCCCCGGGCCGAUGGACAACAACAACAACCGCUCUGGAACCGACACCGAAGAAGAGCAGGAGGACGAGGAAGUGGAAGAGGGGAACUGCAGGGUUCUAGGAGAUCCUGAGGAAGAGGAGGAGAGGAGGGAGGGCGGUGCCCUUCUACAUGAGGCUCCAGUGAACCUGCUAAGAGAGAGGAUCUUGGGUCUGCCGCUCCCUGAGCCUCUGAAGAUGUACCUGCUUCACUACAGAGAGAAGUAGGGAGGGACAGGAGACGUGAAGCUGUGCGCCCAUUCUUUAACUUGUUCCCAUCCCUAUGCCCUUGUUGACUCCCCUUUCUGGAUUCAGAAGUAAUGGAUGUGUAAGAAAUAGGCUGAUAACUCCAGUGGAAUGGCUAAAAUGAGUUCCUACUAUUUUUUUAUACAGCCUAUCUAGUAAGUUGCAAGUCAACAACUGGUGAAUUUGAAAUCAACCCCUAAAAACUUCCAUGUUGAAGUGAAUAUCUAGAAUAAUUGGAUAAGUAGAAGCAAUAUGGUAAUGGCACCAUCUCCCCCUCCCCUGACAGCCCAGGUAAGCCUAUCCAGAGGUGCCUAGGAGGUAACAGUUGAGUUGGAAAAACAAGGAUGGCGAGUUAGGGAUUGGAAGCUUACUUAGUCAGCCCCAGAGACGUCACCACCACCAGCCUCAUAGGACUAUCCCAACUACUCCUCUGAACACUCAAUUCUCAUAAUCUCACUCAAUUCCCUACCUGUGAACUCCAUCUACCCAUCUUUUGGGGUAUCUUCGGUCUUGUGCCUAACCGGGGCACCCAGUCUUCAAGUCCUUCUUUAUUCCCUUUGAAUUUUGUAAAUGUGAUUGUUUGGAAAAUUAUACUUUUGACUGCCCGAACAAUUCAGUGGAGCUUUUGAGAUGGACUUACAAGUACUAAAAGCCCCAAAUGUUGUGAAAAUAUUUUCUCAUUCUGUGUUCAUAUCUUACUGCAUUGAAUGUACUUGGUGAAAGCAGGGGAUUUGUUGAAGAGGCCAUUUCUGUUCAGGCAAAUGUCGAGGGCUCCAGGCAUUAAAGUAUAGUAACACAUUUUUGCACACAGUAGGUAUAGAAAUGAAAGGACCACAUUGUCAAACAAUAUUACCCAAAUUCACUCGUUUUGUGAAUUAUUUCAUCACAUCUUUUCAAAUAAUGGGAGACUGUAGAACACCCUUGGAUUAGGGGUAAAAGUGAAUGAGUGUGGGAUAGCAAUUUACCAUUGGGUUCUUAAUGCAGAACUGUAGUCAAAGUAGUGAAGAAUGUAUGUAUCCACCUGUGAAGGAAUUUAAGUACUAAUUGGUCUACAUUGGAACUUCAGUGUAAUGCUCUUUGAUGGUGUUUAUCGGUUGAUUAUAAAAAUGUCUGAUGUUCUCAGUGCCAAACUUCUCCAGCACUGGCCGGCUCCAAAUGUUUGUGGUUCCGUUCUACAAUGUGUCAAGUUGUUCAGCGGAAGUAAAAUUUUGUAUUUAGAAUAAAUAUCUACGUGUGACAAGAUGUUUGGAAAAGAACUGUAGCGUGACUAUCAUUAAAAUAAGUUAACUUUUUAAUUUG